CCUUGGAUAACAUGCAACAAAGCGUAAACAAGGGACGUGCUGUGAGGACAUUGAGAAGAGAAUAGAUGGAUAUUACAAAGGGAAACCUGGAUGAGAUAUCUCGUCCAGCUUCCAGCGAGUUCUCUCGGCCUGGGAGUCGAGUGUCCAGUGUGGUUCUCUCAGAGGGGGUGAGAAUGAUUCAGGACAGGACUGGGGUUCUUGAGGUUCUCAGCUCUGAGCUCACUGAAACUCAGGUUCGUCAGAACAUAGAGGAAAAUAACUUGGACUGCCCAUCAGAAAAACUGGUCUCUGACCAAGAUGUAUCUGAGAAGGAGAAUAAACAUCUUGAGUUGCAAGAAGCAAUCAUGGAAAUGGAACGUCUGGACAGAAUACUGGCUUCCGUGACCUUAGAAGAAGAAGCUGUCAGAAAGGAAGGCAGAGAGCUCCAUCGGAGACUUUGGAAGAAUAUAAAGGAUCACAAUCACGAAAGUUGUUCAGUGUGCAGUGAUGCAGAAAAUACCAGUUUGUUCGAAACACUUACCUACAACACAUCUAAGGACCAGAGUGAAGAGAUGGACUAUGAACCUGUGUUUGGAACCCAAGUCCCAGAUCAAGGGACUGACCUAAUCUGCAGACCUGAAAAUACAGUUUCUGGGUCAGAGGUCAGAGUACAUGGCAAGUCUUCAAACUCUGUUGAAGUGGGUGCUGAAAUAAAAGAAGUCAUCUCGACAGAAAGCAGGCAGCGUGUGACAGACAAGAACAAGAACGGACAAGAUUUCAUCAAGAAAAACAUUGAGCUAAGCAGUAGUGCAGGAAGCUCGGUGACAUUAACAGAGGAAGAGCAAAAACGAUUAGAUGAACUACUCAAGGACAUAGAUCAUUUUGAUCCAACUGCCAAACCAGAGGAGCAGGGUUAUAGACCCCAAGCAGCUGAACUUGAGCAACUCCUUCGCAUUGAUGCCAAACUGCAGCUUUUUCUAAGUGUUGAGGAAUUUAUGUGUGUGCGAAGCCCCUAUGGAUACCCCAGCCUUUCUCAGGUCGAAAAUGCUGGAGAACUUGGCGAAGGGGUCCUUCGGGAUAUGAAAGAGUCGAAAGAGCAGGAGGAGUGUCUGUGUGAAAUCUAACAGCAGCUGGAGCUCCUCACAAAAAGACAACACCCAGAUAUGCAGAAGAUUUUGACUGGUGUCGAAAAGGCAAGGCUAUCUUCAAUCGACGGAUGAAGACAUAUUUCUUCGUGAAAUUCUUGUUUGUUGUAUGUGUGUAUUUAAAAAAAAUCUAAUAGAAUAAAUGAAUAAAAAAAUUAUAGUGUUAUUUAGGCUCAUGGUAUAUUAAGUCUGUAACCUAGUGAACCAGAGUUAAUGUAUUCAGUGAUUGAGAUUUAAAAGCACUUUUGUACGUCGCUCUGGAUAAGGGCGUCUUCCAAAUGCUGUAAAUGUAAAUGCACAGAGCUACUAUAUAUGAUGCGACCGUAGAAAAUGAGCAAUAAUGCCUGAUUAUGUGCUAAUGCUAUAGACCUACACACCCUAUGCUUAUUUUCAUCUUUGGGUUAGAACACGCUGUCAUGUGUGUUUAGUUUUAAACAAUGUAGUAUUUGGAUUUGUUUUUAAAUCCUCAGUAAAUGUCAGGACAUUUUUGCAUAGUAGUGUAUAAAAACUUGCAACAUACCUAAUAGAAAAACAUAAAUAAUAAAUAAUAAAUAAAUAUUUAUUAAAAUAAUCACUGGAAAAUCAUUUGACCAGUUACUACCUGCCAAAAUUCAUGCUUCACAGGUUAAACGAAUAGAUUAUUUUUGUCUUUCAACCGUCCACUUCUCAGAAGUUUAUAAAAUGCCCAAACCAGCCCAUCUAGCACCAACAACAAUGUCACGAUCAUAGAGUCAUAGAGAUUACACUUUAUAUUAUAAAAAUAUAUAAAUAUUUUAAUAUUUAAUAUUAACCAAAGCUCUUGAACUGGAUCUGCAUCAUAUUUUAUUUCUUUUUCUUCUGAAAAAUGAUUGCCUGAAUAGAUAACUGCAUGAAUGAGCAGGUAUUUCCAAUAAAGUGGACAGUGAGUGAA